AAUGUGGGAGGGGCCUAUAGAAAUACUAGGGUUGCAAUUACACAAUACUAUAUAAACAACCAUCAGUUUUAUGUUGUAUAUCUCGACAAUGAUAGUUCAAUUCAUAAGUUAAAGAACUAAGCCAAUUCAAACCAGGCUAUUUAAAAUGGUUAACAUUACUACUCCCCUCCGUAUAGGCUACGUACUAUUCCCAGCCUUCACGGCGUUGGAUGUAUUUGGCCCAUUGAAUGUGCUUAACUUAAUCUCCAUCACGCACAACAUGACACUUUCCUUGGUCUCUACGGACUUGAAGCCAGUCAGUGUCGAUCGCAGCAUCGUGGAUGGGAUCCCUGGGGGUAUGCUAGCAUCGUCGGCAUCGCCCAACUUCACGCAAUUCGUGUUACCGACGCAUACUUUCGAUACUGCUCCUGAUUUCGACGUUAUAAUUGUACCGGGCGGCGCGGGAAGCCGUAACAUCAACGGCACGAAACCCCAUGUGGAUUGGCUGAGGCAACGUAUGGAUGACCCAGAGCUGGAUUACAUGAUGGCGGUUUGUACGGGGACGUCUCUGUUAGCUCGUACGGGAAAGAUCGCUGGACGGAACGCGACGACGAAUAAGGCCGCAUUCAAUUGGGUUAAGACAGUAGAGCAUGCGGAAGACGUAAAUUGGAUCGCGAAGGCUCGGUGGGUGGUAGACGGCAACCUAUGGACUAGCUCAGGGGUUAGUGCUGGUACGGAUAUGACACUAGGAUGGAUUGAAAAGUUAUACGGAAGAAAUGAAAGCGAGAGGGUACGGAACCUCAUGGAAUGGAACGCUUUAAAUCAAACCGACGACCCAUUUGCGGAGUAUUAUGGGUUAGUCUAAUUAAGCACACACCCCUGAGUGCACCUACGAUAAUCUUAGGGGUAUUAUAUGAAUAACUUCAUAAAAAAAUCAAUAUCACUAUAGCUUACCUUCUAUAUGAAGUAAUAACGUAUUCACUCAAA